UAUGAGAAUAUAUAAGGCAUUAAAGGAAAAUACCAAAGGAGUGUCGGCAAUAAGAUGAAAGUUUCAUUACUUCAUGGAAGCACGCCAGCACGUGAGCAAUCUUGCGUGUUUCGUGUUCGUGGAAUAAUUAUUAAAUGUUCUUUAGCAUACAGUUGUGAUUUGAAAGAUUUGACUAAAUUAAGCGGGGGCUUCAUUAAAUUCGAAAUGUCUGCUGUGGAUAUAUGUAGAAAAUUGGGCGAGGACGGACGAAGUCUCAAGUUGGCUGGUAAUGUCGGUUUUGUCAGCUUGCCUGAUCAACUUGUCAACAAACGAGUGAAUCAUGGAUUUUACUUCAAUAUACUAUGCGUAGGUGAAACAGGUAUUGGAAAGUCCACACUCAUGGACUGUCUUUUUAAGACUAUGUUUGACAGCGUACCUCACUCUCAUCAUUCAUCAGACGUUAGCAUUGAAAGUCAUCUUUAUGAAAUACGAGAGCGCAAUGUAAAUCUUAAAUUGACCAUUGUUGAUACAGUUGGAUAUGGUGAUCAAGUUGAUAAAAGUGACAGCUAUGAGAAAGUAAUUGAGUACAUCGACCAGCAAUUUGAUGCAUAUCUUCAUGAAGAGUUGAAAAUCAAGAGAUCGUUGACUACUUACCAUGAUACAAGAGUUCACGCCUGCCUUUAUUUCAUUUCGCCUACUGGCCACUCAUUGAAAUCGUUGGAUCUUGUUUGUAUGAAACAAUUAGACAAAAAGGUGAACGUUAUACCUAUCAUUGCCAAAGCUGACACAAUCUCGCCAUCCGAACUGAAGGAAUUCAAAACUAAGAUCAUGGACGAAUUAAACUCUGGCGAUGUUCAAAUUUACAAGUUUCCCGUUGAUGAUGAAAAAGAAGCCGAAAUCAAUGCAUCGAUGAAUGAGCAAGUGCCUUUCGCAGUUGUCGGCAGUCGCGAGGAAGUUACUGUUGGUAAAGAAAAAGUUCGAGCAAGACAAUAUCCUUGGGGAACCGUUGUAGUUGAAAACGAAAAUCACUGCGAUUUUGUCAAGUUACGAGAGAUGCUCCUCAGGACAAACAUGGCCGACUUGAUCGAAAAAACUCACGAGAAACAUUACGAGCUUUACCGCAAGAACAAACUGACCGACAUGGGCUUCACUGACACCGACUCUGAAAGCCAGCCUUUGAGUUUACAAGAGACCUACGAACAGCGUCGUAAAGACUACAUGGGCGAGCUUCAAAAACGCGAAGAUGAAAUGAGAAGCAAUUUUAUAAAGAAAGUUAAAGAAAAAGAAGCGGAACUGAAACAAGAGGAACAAGAGCUUUAUGCCAAGUUCGAACAACUUAAGAAAGUACAAGCGGACGAGAAAAAGUCGCUUCAACAAAAACAACAGCAGCUGGACGAAGAAGUGAAUCUUUUUGAACAACGUAAAAAGCAAGCCACCCUCAUGGCACAAACCCAGAAAGAGAAAAGAAGAAAGUAAAAUUCAUCAAUCAUCUAAAUAUUGAAGUAACUAUAGAAAUAUAUAAACAUGCUACGAUCCCCACACGUGUUGUUGUUCCCGCUGAAUAUGUAAAUUUAAUGCAAAGCUCAAAGCGCGCGCUAAGUUAAAUACUCGUGCAUUCUUUUCACGUUAACAUGUACACGGCUUGAUGGCCACUUAGUUUUAUUUAUAGUCUAUGUGCUUUUUGACAAUUUUGAAUAAAAACUUAAAGAUUAUCUCACAUA